CCACCUUCCUCCCUCUCCUUCUUUCUGGCGGCGGCGGCGGCGGCGGCGGCGGUACGAAGCAGCAGGGAUCGCCAAGGAGGCAGGCAGACGACGGCGUGGUCUCCCGCGCCGCUAGCUCGAGUUCGCAGCCAUGGCGAGGGGAUUGAAGAAGCAUCUCAAGAGGCUCAAUGCGCCGAAGCACUGGAUGCUCGACAAGCUCGGCGGAGCUUUUGCUCCUAAGCCAUCAUCUGGACCUCACAAGUCCAGGGAGUGCUUGCCACUGAUCCUCAUUAUCAGGAAUAGGUUGAAGUACGCGCUGACAUACCGCGAGGUGAUCUCAAUCCUGAUGCAGCGCCAUGUCUUGGUUGAUGGGAAGGUCAGGACUGACAAGACCUACCCUGCCGGUUUUAUGGAUGUCAUUUCCAUUCCUAAGACUGGGGAGAACUACAGGCUUCUCUAUGACACCAAGGGUCGCUUCCGCCUUCAGUCUGUUAAGGAUGAGGAUGCCAAGUUCAAGCUUUGCAAAGUUCGGUCUGUCCAGUUUGGACAGAAGGGUAUUCCCUAUCUGAACACUUACGAUGGACGCACCAUCCGCUACCCAGACCCUUUGAUUAAGGCUAAUGACACAAUCAAAAUUGAUCUUGAGACCAACAAGAUUGUUGACUUCAUCAAGUUUGAUGUGGGCAACGUUGUUAUGGUCACAGGAGGGAGGAACACUGGGCGUGUUGGUGUGAUUAAGAAUAGGGAGAAGCACAAGGGAAGUUUUGAGACCAUCCACGUGGAGGACUCUUUGGGCCAUGCGUUCGCCACCCGUCUGGGCAAUGUGUUCACAAUUGGCAAGGGCAACAAGCCAUGGGUUUCUCUCCCUAAGGGCAAGGGUAUCAAACUCAGCAUCAUUGAGGAGCAGAGGAAACGAGAUGCUGCUGCUCAGGCUGCUGCAAAUGCUUGAAUACAGUUGAUAUGCUGAGUUAUUCUGAACCAGAAUAUCAGUGAGCAUAGAGAAUUAAUGAUCCAUUCUAUUCUGUUUUGAGGUUUUUUGCAUUUUGUUUAGGUUGACAGCAUUUUACAUCCUAGAUGAAAUGUAGCUGUUUACAGUAAUACUUAAGAGUUGUCAGAUGCAGAGAUCAAUCAUUUCCAGACCUUUUUGAUGUUAUCAUCAAUCCAUUUUUUUUGUGCUUUUGGUCUUGAAGGACCCCUGGGGCUACUACCAUCAAGCAGUCAUUAUAAUAUGAUCAGUAGCCGUUUGCUAUCAUCUUUUUGGAGAGGGUUGUUCUCAUACUAGUGUUUUACUGAACCUGCGUGUCAAAGAUAGUUCUGUAGCUAUUAUAAGGUUAUUUUUCUUAAAAAAAGAUGGCAGGUAAAAUGUAUUGGAAUUAGUAAACAUCU